AUAAGACUGUCGUCCAGCAGCACAUUCGGUUGUGCAUUCAUUUGCAUACUGCUGUUGGUAUUCCUUCUCUUUCCCAGGCGAGGUGCCAGCCACGUCGUUUAACUUCACGACCAUUUCCCCAGAUUUAUACUCUCUCGUUUCGUUUCCACGAAUCAGGACAGACCACAGUCAUUCCUUCAAAAAGACGGCAAGCUCAGUAUCAUAAACUUGAACAGCCUGCAAUACCAACGGCAUGAGUACACGGCCAGAGAAUUCGCAUCGCUAUGUGUACAAGAACGUAGACCGUUCCGCCUCGCAAUCUACAGAGGUUCCUCUGUCGCCGGGGCUGAAUGAAGCAUUCCGGUGGAAUGAUAUCGCUGGAUUUGGGGGCCUGUUUCGUGACACAAAAGAGACUUAUCCGCCCCUGAUUGAUCUUAGCGAGGAUGAAGACGGGGAACGGUCGCCUCUACGCCGCACAUCGACAUUGCCCAAACAAGCUCAGUGCCAUCAACUUCCAGAUCGUCCAUGUGGCCCGGCUCGCAUUAGAUCAACGCCCAACCCGACAACAUCGCACAAUCACCCCAGUAUGCGCCUCAAUUCCGAGCCAUAUCUGAGGCAUGAAGAUGUUCGACGCUAUCUAGAGCGAAGGGAUCGACAACCUCAGAGUGGGAAUUCCGUAUAUACUGUGUCAUCAGAAUAUCAUUCGGCGAUCGGCCACCCAACAUACUCUGUUACUGAAGUGACCGAGGACGAAGAAGACAUCGAUACACGUAGGGAGCGACGAUCCUUCUCGGUUCCCACCCCGGUUUUCACCCCACGACACACACCCCCACCGGCCUCUGAGGGCACGGAUGAGCGAGAGGUCGAAGAAUAUAAGGAGCCGACGUCGCCGAACCCUUUUUCGGCUUACUAUCCCUACAAUCCUGAUCAUGGAGAGAAUGCUGUCGGGAAUUUUGAGAAACUUUUCACGGCUCGGCAGUGACCGUGGGCAAGUUGGGAUCGGACAUCCCACCAUGCCAGGGUGGAAGUGUGGCUCGCCAUCAUCCUUCAACCCACCCAACGCUAUGACUAUAGCUCUUAUACCUAAUGGAGGUAACUUGCCGACGGUCGCCUAUUGAUUGCACAUAACAUUGCCAUCUGGAUGCCAAAGUCAAUCAAGUAUAGCUAUUCCUCUACGCCAAUGAUACCGUAGGUUGAGUUUCCUUGUUGGGGUUAUUGAGUCAUAUGUA